AUGUUUUAUUUCGGGAGGCGACCUGAGGGGGGGGUUGAGGGGUGCCCCGCUCCGUCUGUCCUCCCGUCGGUCCCUCCGUGCGCCCGUCGCGCUGCCGAUGGGAAAGUGCGGGGGUGCCGGGGGCGCAGCAAACCCCCGUACCCCUUCCCACAAGGAACGCCGUCCCGCUCCCUCGGGGGGGGUGGUUCCCAGAGCUUCCCGCCGGCUCACUCCCAGCCCCGGCCCCGCCGGGCUCCGCUCGCCCCCGGGCAGGACCAGCGCGGCCAGACGGCGCCGCUGCGGCGCGACCGCCCGGGCACGGGCGGCGGGGACCGCGGGAAGGGACCCCCGGGCAAAGGGGACCGUAGAGGGACCCCCAGGGACCGCGGGAAGGGACCCCCGGGCGAAAGGGACCGCGGGAAGGGACCCCCGGGCGAAAGGGACCGCGGGAAGGGACCCCCGGGCGAAGGGGACGGCUCUGACCGGGAUCCCGACGUCCGAACCCCGCGAUGGGCAAGCACAGCCCUGGCUCCGCGCGGACCCCUGAGCCGCAGGGUUGGUGGAACACGGAGCUCUCCCCAGCCCCAGCGCCGCUUCCCCCCAUGCCCAUCCCGGCUGCCCGCGGCGGUCCGUACCUGCGGCGGCGGCGGCGGCGGCGGGUCUCGGCUGCAGCGGCGGUGCCUGGCGCGGCGCCUCCCGCUCCGCUGCCGGGGCCGGGCCGGGCUGCGCCGCCCCGCGCUGCCCUUUUCCGUCAGUGGAAAACUCCGGGCUCUGACGCAGGCGGUGACAGGAGCGGGGCCGGCCGGCCCGCCCGGCUUCCUGCCCCCGCCGGGCGGGGCGCUGAGUCAGGGGCGGCGGGAGGCACCGCCCCGCACCGCCCCGCAUCUCAGCGCGCCGCCCCACACCGCCCCGCACCGCCCUGCUCCGCCCCGAACGCCCGCAGGGACCGCGGGCAUCGCACAGCCCCGCACCGCUGUGAGACGGCGAGAGGGGGCACGGGCGGGAGGGAGGCCCCCAAAGGGAUUUGGUUCCCACGGGGUGUCCCACACGGGCACAGGGUGGACCCCAAAGUGUCUCUGA